AUGCAGUUUAUUUCUGCAGUUAUCAGCAAUGCUGAAAAGAUAUACAAGAUGAAUAAGCUUGCUAUAUAUAAUAGCAAUCAGAAAAUGCUAUAUGAAUUCCUUACUUAUUGCAAAGCAUAUUUCUUGCAUUAUAUAACUCAGUUUAUUAAGAAAUCUGAGAAAGUUAUUCUUGCAGAAACUUAUUUCGAAAAGAAUGUUCUCAUUUAA